CAAAACUUUAAAUUUUCGUUUUUUAAUGAAACAGCUUUUUGCAAAAUUAUUUGAUUAAAAUUUAAGCAAAUUUAGGAACAUUUUUCAAAAUUUCAUGAUUUCGUUAUGACAAAAGAUCAUAAAGAAGGUUUAGUGAAACCUGGGAAUGAGGAAUACCUAAGCUAUUACAAUCGGCAAGGAGAAUGGAAGACAACAAAAGCAAUAGGAACUAUAGGAUCUAUGAAUAUUGGUCCUGGGCCGGCUAUCGUUAAUUUACCACAAACAAUAGGUGAUCACGGUCAUGAUCCAAGAAGGGCAAAAGCACCGGCAUACGGAAUUGGAGGAAGGGACAUGCGGCAGUUCUUCACCUGCAGUCCUGGUCCAGCCGUGUAUGAUACUAGAAAAAUAACCAAUAAGGGAAAAGACGAAUGCCAUGCACCAUUUGUUGGAGAGAAGAUCGACGGCUUGACGUUCUUCACAACCCCGGGCCCAGCUGUUUACCAUAGAGGGUACAGCGAUCCCAUGGUAUAUCCUCGUUCACCUUCAUAUACCAUGCGUAAGAAAACGGCAAUCACGAAGAAAAUAUUUGCACCAGCUCCUAAUCUGUACACUCUUCCUGAGACUCUCGGCCCGGGAAGAGCGCCAUUUGCAGGAGGCCCAGCCUACUCCGUUUCCAAUAAAUCUGACAAGACUGGCAUACCUCAGCAGAAUCCAGGCCCUGCAGCCUAUCAGCUGCCACCGACGAAUGUUAAUAAAUGUCGCUCGCCAGCUUAUUCUAUGGGGAUUAAGAAAGAGACAGAUCGCAUAGGAAUUACUAGUCCCGGGCCAGCAUCUAACGAAUAUCACGUGGUGAAAUUUCACAAGCCAUCUACGCCGCGCUAUACUUUUGGAAUUCGCCACUCCCCCUACAAAGCGUUUCAGAAAUUCGCGGCAGAAAACUGAUGGAAUUCUUCUAGCACAUAAACGUUCUCAUAUCUACUGGCUGGUGGUAUUGGAUUGCUUUCUUAAGAAAUUACAUCUUUUGGUGCUUUUUAUAUCUCCAGGCUUUCUUCAAGUAGAGCUGAAUUUAAAAAGAAUUUUGAGCCAUUAGUAAUUACAACACUCAAAUAAAAUCAACUUCAU